GAAUUGGGUGUCGAAAAGUCAACAACCACAGGCCUUGUCGCUGCGCAACCGCUGGCCAGGAGAAAGAAGAAGAUGCGGCUUCUAUUUACGGGCUUCAACGCUUUUGGCCAACAUGAAUUUGUUAACGGCAAUGCCGACGACUGCAGUGCCGGCUUUAGGGAAAUAAAUGCACCUUUAUCGGAUAAAAACCAGUGCACGAUUUCGAUUGCCUGGCGGUAUUCGGCCCUCGCUCUUGGCCGGAAGUUGUAUCUGCGUGGCCUGUUGGCCCAAAGUCCCGAAGAGUGCGUGACCCUCGAGGCGGCGGGUGACAUAAAGGCCCUGGCCGCCGGUGAUACCCAUUGCCUGGUGCUACUACACAACGGUCAACUGUACAGAGUAAAGCCUAACUUGAAGGCGGAACUAGUGCCAGUCAGACUGGAGGCUCCACCCCGUUCCAGCUCCAAUUUGGGCACAAAGCGAUCUAUCUUUGGGAUACCCAAGGCACCCGAGCUACCGGCAUCGCCAAUCGUUGAGCACAUUGCCUGCGGAUCGCAUAUAAACGUGGCGGUUAGCUCGGAAAAUGCCGUCUACAGUAUUCCCAGUUGCCUGCAUCAAUUUCCCGGACGACAGUUUCGAGUGGAGCAACUGGAAUGUGGCCACGAGCAUGCCGUGCUCCUCAAUGGCAACGGUGACGUGUUCACCUGGGGAAAUGGUCUCCGCGGACAGUUGGGUCAGGCUGUAUUGAAAGUGGAGGAGGCGCCACUCUUGGUGGAGGCACUGGCGGGGAUCAAGAUAACUCGUAUUGCUGCCGGUGGUUGGCAUAGUGCGGCCAUAUCCGCCUUUGGAGAUCUCUACACCUGGGGCCUAAACUGCAGCGGUCAGCUGGGAGUGCGUGUGAUGAAACCGGGUGGUUUGCUGAAAGAACCCACUGUCUAUCCACUGCCCCAGUUGCAUGAUCUGCCCGAAUGUAGUUGCUCCAUGAAGUCUGCUGAGACCGACGAUGACUGUGCUCCGCUGGGGGUGUUUGCCGGUUCUCGUCACACUCUGGUGAUCCGCCGGUGCGGGGGGCUAUGGGCCACUGGCUGGUGCAGGUACAACCAGUUGGGCAAGCAGCUCCACCUGGAACAGCAGCAGCACAAGAACCUGUCUUAUUUGGAUGUAUUCCAGCCGCUGGAUGGGAUCACUUUGGACGCUAGUUCGGAUCAAGUGCUAUGUGGUCCUUGGUCAACUGUGAUAUUUUCUAAAGAAAUUAGCUAGUUGAUAGGUGCUUUUAAAUAAAUCUAAACUGUGAUAUAUACUAUA